UAAAACUGAAGGCCAAAAAAAAUGAAGGGCUACGAGAAAUAUGGUAAUGCAAAGAUGAUCAUGAAGCAACAACACAAUUUCAUCAGUGGAAAAAUCAAAAGACAAUGGCAAUGCCAUCGAGAUACCACCAUCCCAACCAAACCAGGUCCAAGAGUUCAUCUUCUUCUAUUCCUUAUCUCCUACUUCUUGCCUUCGCUACAUUUCUUGUCUUCAAGGUUGACAUUUUGAUUUCUCAAUCGAUCUUCUCUGCUCGAAGAAGAGCGACCGCACCAAGGCGUUUCGUACAACCAUAUGCAACAACAACUAGGGCAAAUGGUACCUUCAACCGUAACUUCAUUCUGUCAUGGGGAGAAGAACGUGCUCAGAUACAAGAAAACGGUGAACUUCUUACACUUUCGCUUGAUCGAAUAUCAGGAUCAGGGUUUGAAUCAAAGAAGGAAUAUCUAUUUGGGAAGAUUGAUAUGCAAAUAAAACUCGUUCCAGGAAAUUCUGCUGGCACAGUCACUACCUAUUAUUUGUCAUCAGAAGGGUCAACCCAUGAUGAAAUUGACUUUGAAUUCCUGGGAAAUUCAAGUGGCAAUCCUUACACUCUUCAUACUAAUGUGUUUAGCCAAGGCAAAGGCAAUAGGGAACAGCAGUUCUUCCUCUGGUUUGAUCCAACUGAAGAUUUCCACACUUACUCCUUCCUUUGGAAUCCCAAAUGCAUCGUGCUUUCGGUGGAUGGUAUACCUAUAAGAGAGUUCAAAAACAUGGAGAAAACAAUUGGAGUUCCAUACCCAAAAGAUCAGCCCAUGAGAAUAUACUCAAGCCUUUGGAACGCAGAUGAAUGGGCAACUCAACACGGGCGAGUUAAGACCGAUUGGAGUUUAGCACCAUUUACGGCUUCUUACAGAAACUAUGACGCUCAAGCUUGCAUAUGGUCCCAAAGAACCAAGACAUCUUCUUGCGAUUCAUCUGAUCCAAGCUCCGAAGACAAUUCUUGGCUAAAUGAAGAGCUCGAUUCCAAGACCCGGGAAAGGAUCAAAGAGAUACAAAAGAAGCAUAUGGUGUACAAUUAUUGUGAAGACCCCUGGAGAUUUCCAGAGGGACUUGCUCCUGAGUGUCUUCUCGAUAAACCAAAAAGUAAUGAUAGAAACAGUAACAGAAUUAGCAGUAAUAUGGUCGAGAACAAUAACAAUAAUAACAACAAUAACAAUAGGAACACUGUUGUUCCGCGGAAGCCACGACGUGGUAAACGUCGUUCAAGGUCAAGGAGAGGGAACAGUAAAGUGAUGGAUUCGAAAUGAGAUUAAUUAAUGAGUUAGAAAUUGUGUUAGAUUUAGGUUCUAUUAUUGAAAAAUUAAAUAAUUGAUGUAAGCCAUUAAGUUUUGUUUAUUUGAUAGUAUGUUCUAAGUUGUUGGCGGAUGGAUAUUUGUUUGACUAAAUUGUGUUGAAUGAGAUACACUUCAUGAGUCAAAAGAUUGGAGUUCAUUGCUUUCGUUUUCAUUAUUGGGACA